AAGGAGCAGAAGGAGAAGUGGGGAGGGAUACUGCUCGCUGUAUCCGCCACCCCCGCCGCCCCAAGAGCAUUGCACCCCCUACAUCCCUCAGGAUCACAGGAGUAUCCUAGUAAAGCCCUAGGAGGGAGCAGAACCUGGUUGGGCCCUGUGAGCCUGGGGUGUUGUCCAAGAUCACUUCGUGGCAGGAGGAGCUGAGGAACACUCUUAUCCCUGGAGGGUGCCCCUGUCCCCUCUGUGGUGCUGGGAAUGGCAGAAGUCCCUUUUGAAGAAGGUGGAGACUCGGCUGCUAUGAUGGAGCUGCUGCAGCAGAGAGCAGAGGGAAGGACCAAUUUCAGCCGCAGAUGCACCAAUGACAGAAAGGUGACCAUUACAGUCACUGUGCUUGCCGUGGUGCUGCUUCUUACUGUCGCCAUCAUCACGCUGGCAGCCAAGAAACACCCACCCUGCCCGGCUCCCGCCCUGCCCAGCUGCCUGGAGAGUGGGAUUGGCUUCGGGAACAAGUGCUUUUACUUUCUGGAGGAGGAAGUGGACUGGGAAGGGAGUCAGCACUCCUGCCUCUCCCGCCAAGCCCACCUAGCCACCAUCGACACCAAGGAAGAGCUGCAUUUCCUCCUGCGCUAUGGGAACUUCAUGGAGUACUGGGUUGGUCUCUGGAGGGAAGGUUCAGGACCUUGGAAAUGGCUCAAUGGUUCCCUCUUCAAUGCCCUGUUUGACAUCCAGGGCAAUGGCCACUGCGCCUACACGAACUCCCACAGGAUCAGCAGUGACAGGUGCUCUGAGACUAAAUUCUCCAUCUGCAGCCAUCUGCAGAGACACCGCAGUGAAGUCCAGGAGGAUACAGAAAUCCUGAAUUCCACCUGAAACCUCCCUCUUAACAGAGAUCCACCACCACUGGUGUUAACCCAACACAAUGUGGUACUGAGUCUCUGUUGUUUGUAUUUGUUUAAAUUUUAGUUGGCAAACAACCCGCAGAUUGGAAUGAAUCUGUUUGCUGAAA